CUGCCGACUGUGGAGUGGGUCGGCUUAGGAGCCAGGCCUGGCUCUGCCACGGCAGCUCCGAGGACGCAGGGCCUUGCUUCUCCCACCCGUAGAAUGGAUAAGAACAGCGCUUACGUGCUCUGACCCCGUGCCUGCACCCCUGCCGAGGCCAGGCCGGCUCCUGACUUCUCCACCCAGGUGAACUCCUCGUCCCUCAACUCCCCGCCGGGAAGAGGCUCCAUGGCUGCCCCCUCCUUGCACCCCGCCCUGGGACCUGGCAUCGGCUCCUCGCUGGGCUCCCCGGGGCAGCUGCACUCGCCCAUCAGCACCCUGAGCUCGCCCAUCAACGGCAUGGGCCCGCCCUUCUCGGUCAUCAGCUCCCCCAUGGGCCACUCCAUGUCAGUGCCCACCACGCCCACCCUGGGCUUCGGCACGGGCAGCCCCCAGCUCAGCUCGCCCAUGAACCCUGCCAGCAGCAGUGAGGAUGUCAAGCCCCCCCUGGGCCUCAAUGGCGUCCUCAAGGUCCCCGCCCACCCCUCAGGAAACAUGGCGUCCUUCACCAAGCACAUCUGCGCCAUCUGCGGGGACCGCUCCUCAGGCAAGCACUACGGGGUGUACAGCUGCGAGGGCUGCAAGGGCUUCUUCAAGCGGACCGUGCGCAAGGACCUGACCUACACCUGCCGCGACAACAAGGACUGCUUGAUUGACAAGCGACAGCGGAACCGGUGCCAGUACUGCCGCUACCAGAAGUGCCUGGCCAUGGGCAUGAAGCGGGAAGCCGUGCAGGAGGAGCGGCAGCGCGGCAAGGAGCGGAGCGAGAGCGAGGUGGAGUCCACGAGCAGCGCCAGCGAGGACAUGCCGGUGGAGAAGAUCCUGGAGGCGGAGCUGGCCGUGGAGCCCAAGACCGGGGCCUGCGUGGAGGCGAACACGGGGCUGCACCCCAGCUCGCCCAACGACCCCGUCACCAACAUCUGCCAGGCGGCCGACAAGCAGCUCUUCACCCUCGUGGAGUGGGCCAAGCGCAUCCCGCACUUCUCGGAGCUGCCCCUGGACGACCAGGUCAUCCUUCUGCGGGCCGGCUGGAACGAGCUGCUCAUCGCCUCCUUCUCGCACCGGUCCAUAGCCGUGAAGGACGGGAUCCUGCUCGCCACCGGGCUGCACGUGCACAGGAACAGCGCCCACAGCGCAGGGGGUGCUGACGGAGCUCGUGUCCAAGAUGCGGGACAUGCAGAUGGACAAGACGGAGCUGGGCUGCCUGCGAGCCAUCGUCCUCUUCAACCCCGACUCCAAGGGACUCUCGAACCCGGCCGAGGUGGAGGCCCUGAGGGAGAAGGUGUACGCAUCCCUGGAGGCCUACUGCAAGCACAAGUACCCCGAGCAGCCGGGGAGGUUCGCCAAGCUCCUGCUCCGCCUGCCUGCUCUGCGCUCCAUUGGGCUCAAGUGCCUGGAACAUCUCUUCUUCUUCAAGCUCAUCGGGGACACGCCCAUCGACACCUUCCUCAUGGAGAUGCUAGAAGCCCCGCACCAGAUGACCUAGGCCUGCCGGCCCGUCCCUCCGCCCGCCGGGUCUGGCCGCCCUGCCUGGACGCCAGCUGCUCUUCUCAGCCUGAGCCCUGUCCCCACCCUUCUCUGCCUGGCCUGUGUGGACCUUCGGGUGCAGCCUGUCACUGCUCUGCCUGAGAGAGGUGCUGUCACCCUCUCAUAGUUAUUACGACUUGUUUUUGGCCCAGGGCAGUGGCCUUCCUGGGGCAGCAGCCAGAGUGGCAAGAACUAGUGUGAGGCCCUCGGCCGCCCUGCCACCCCGCCCCCCGGGGGGGCUCUUCGGGCCUGGCCCCUGGAGCUGCAGGAUCCGGGACGGGGGGCUUUGUUUCGGUUGCUGUUGCUGGUUUUCAGACUCUCCCCGUGCAGCCCUGCUGUCUGGAGUGACCCAUCUUUGUCUGCUCUGAAUACUGGUGCCCGCCAGCCCGGGACAGUCCCCAGGAUCAAGAGGUGGGGAUGGGUGGGGCAGGCUGCUGUUUCAUGGCACAAGACCCCACCCGCCCCGGGAAGACGAGAGGGGACUCUUGGGGCCAGCAGGCUUCCCUUUGCUCAGAGCGAAGGGGGAGCAGCCCCUUUUUCCAAAGAUGACUUUCGAUUUCGCCCUCGAGCCAAUGAGAACGUGAGCCGACCCAUGUGCAGGGCUUGGGGCCACUUUGCGGCUGCAGGGACUGGAUCACUCGCUCGCCCUGCGUGGUUUUCUCUGCCUCGUCCUGGUUUCAGAUUCUCCCUCCACGUUCAACCCAGGUGACCAGACCUGGGUGCGGCGGCCUCUCCCCGCCCCGUCCACUCUCUGGGUCUGCGAGCCGGGCCAAGGCUAGUCCUUGGUUCCUGGAGGGUGGCCCCGUCUGAGGCAGGGUCAGGUGUGGUGGCCUUGCUGGAAGCGCUCGGCUUUGUGACCUGUCGUCGGCAGCCGCAGGCCAUCUGGAAGGCCCGCGGGGGUGGCGGGGAGGAGGUUGCUGGCUGGCUUCCCUCCCAGCGAGGCAGGAGGCGGCAGGAGCAGAGGCACUAGUGGACAGAUGGCCCUCGCAGGUGGGGCGGGUGCUGUGUGGACCCUGCUCGGGCCCCCUCUGGCCGGCUGUCGCAUCUAGAAGACUCGGAAUCCUCGCACCGUUGGGUCCCAGUGUCCUCAGGCCUGGGGCCCUCUCGGGACCACCCCGCCGGUGUUGUCUGUGGACAGUGUUCACCCAGAGCCUUACUCGGGAGCCCGUCUCAUGCCUGUGCUGGCUGGGGGUGGCGGGCGGGGGCCUCCCUGGCUGAGCCCCGUCCAGCCCAGCACCCCCUGCUCGCUCUGCUUCGGGGCUGUCACGGUGCAGGGCUCUCUCAGGUUGAACUAGCCUCUUUUGCACUGGAAGGCCCUCCCUUCGGCCCGAGUACUUCCCGUGCGCACGUCCCGGCCCGUGGACCCAGCCCUUGUCCGUAGCGGGAGGGGUGGUGGCGGUAGGGGGGGGUCUUCCCAGCAGCAGCCCUGGGACAGGGAGGGGGCGCCGUCUCCUGAAGUCUCUUUCCCCAUCUGGAGCAGAGAGGUAGGGGUGCCCCUGGCAGGGGCUUCCUCAGCGGGGAGGGGAUGGCACCUGGGGGGUUGGGUGGGGAGACGGCAGCUGGGAGAGACAGGUUCCCAGGGGAGGCCGUGGGGAGGACAGUCUCCCUCUGCCCCCUGGAAUUCCCAGCCCGAGCCGCGCCGGCACCUGGGCAGAGGCUGCAGCUGAGUCUGUGCUUGAGACAGAGGCUGUCAAAGAUUCCAGAAACAUCUCCCUUCCAUCCCUACCCCUGCCAUUCAAUGUGGUGGCUCUCUGGAGGCGUUCCGGGCCUCAUCCGCUGGCCCAAGGCAGAGAUGGUGCCCAGGUGAGCCUCACACCUGUGCCAGGGCCCUGGCCGGCUGGCCCUCCCCCCAGACUCAUCCAGAAAGUCUCAGCAGCCUUUGGGGUGUGCUGUGACAGAGGGACAUGGGCACUCUGGGGUCCUCUGAUUGUGGGAGCAUCAGGGACCUCCGCACUCGACACCCGGUGCCUUCUGCAGCCAACGCACCUUCGUUCAUGUCAGCACCCUGCCGGGGCAGUGCCCCCAAAUCCGUGGGCCCCUCAGGGGAAUGUCGGUGGCUCCAGAGGAGAAAAGCCGGGGACAGGGCCCUCCGUUGCAGGGGCGGUUUCUUUUUGGGAACUUUGCCAUUUCCGGCCCUGGCUGUCUGUUAAGCACUGAGGCCCCCCGGGCCGCCACCCCCGCAACCAGAGUCCCUGGCCCCUCUGGCGCACGCAGCCUUACCCGCUACCCCACGGUGUGGCCGGCUCUCCUCGGGCUUCCCGCCCCGCCGUGGGUCUUGUCCUUGUCACACACGUGCAGUGCUGUCCAUCUGCAGAGGUGACACUCGGGGGAAUGGCACAUACCCAGUAGAGAGUAGAGUUUUAUUUAACCAGACCUUCAUUUAGUGUUACCAAUCUGGUUCAAUUAAGGUGAUUUUUUGUAAUUAUUAUUAUUAUUAUUUUGGUGGGACAAUCUUUAAUUUUCUAAAGAUAGCACUAACAUCAGCUUGUUAGCCACCGUGCCCGUCCCUGCCUCGGCCUGCUGGGUGACACGGCUGCCCCGGGCAGUUCCUCAGCCGGUCACCUCCCUUCUCUGAGGUUCAGACGGGGCUCCUGUGGCCGAGGAGCGAAGAUGCCACACAGCCAGGUCCCGCUCGGCCCAGAUGGCGUCUCUGCGAAGCUGGCGUGCCGGGGACAUUCCACCCAGGGGGCCUGUGUCAGCCACCGCCCCCGUCAUCCUGGAAGCACGCGGUCUCUGGGGGAAGACGGCCCCACACCCUUGGUUUUCCGAGUCUCGGCGGUCCCCGAGGAUUCAGGCUGGCGGCCUGGUGGCAGAGUGCUGGAGAUGGCCCUGGGCCCCCUCCCUGUGGGCCCCCGUGGGGCCCGGCCGGAGCGCGCAGCCGGUGGGUAAUCGGCUGAUGUUGUCCCCAUCACAGAAGUGGGGCACGUGAUCUGGUCCCCGUCCACACAGGUGUGUUGUGUAAACAUGUAUGUGCUGUACAGAGAGACGCGUGUGGGGAGAGCCGCACGCCGGCCACAUGCAGGCGACGCAGAGUGGUUACCAAUGUUUUGUGUUUAUUUUUAGUCAAGACUUUUCCCUCGUUUUCCUAUAAAUUUGCUUCGUGUAAGCAAGUGCGUAAGGACCCUCCUUUGGUGAAAUCCGGGUUCAAGCGAAUAUCUCAAGGCGAGGAGAUGCAUCUAUUUUCAGAUGCUUUGAGCAGACAGCUUUAGCCGUUCCCACUCUUUAGCGAUGCCUUAGCUGGGACGCGUAGCUAAUACUUAGAGAGGUUGACAGAUCCACAAAGAGUAGAGAUAAGAGAAAAUGUCUAAAGCAUCGGGAAAGGUAAAAAAAAAUCUAUUUUUGUACAAAUGUAAUUUUAUCCCUCAUGUAUACUUGGAUGUGGCGGGGGGAGGGCUGGGGACGUGUUUUGUUUCUGCUUCUAGGGGUGAGGUGAAGCUUCCUCAGCGAGACAGGCGUGGAGGCGCGGGGAGGGCCCGGCCCGGCAGCCUCUCCUCGGGGGCGGGAGGGCGGCCGAGGCUGUCGAGGGUUUUCUUCCCCUUCGAGUAACUUUGAAACCUUGCUCUGUUCUGCGCUGUUGCCGCCGGCCUUCCUGCGACUGUUGACUGUGAAAUCGCUUCCCUACGUAAUUGUUCUCCGAAACAUCGCGGCCACAGGUGCCAGGUUUGAUGAACAAUGGUCGUGGAGAAGAAACAGUGAGAAAAACGUGAGAGGAGAAACAAAAUAUGAGCGUUUAAAAAUA